CGGCUGUGGAGAGAGGCAGGCAGGCCGGGAAAGUGCCGCGCCGGAUGAGCAGGCCGCUGGCGCACUCCAGGCCUGACGACGACAACAACGACGAAGAGGCGGCGACGCUGGUGGCGAAGGCCUCGGCCUCUUUCGGGCCCGCCUCCAGCCGAGGCGACGGCGGCUGCUUGUUGGAGCUGGGCCUCAUCCCGUUAUCUCUUCCCCUCCUCCGUCUCUCCCGCCCUCACCAUCCUCUCCCCCUUUGGGUGCGUAUUUUGCCCUGCCGUCUCCUCCUCCCAUUUCCCUGCCUAAUUCCCUUCUUUCCUUCCAACCUCCGAUCCUUUUAUUCCUUUCUCCCUCCACUCCUUCCUUUACUCCCCCCUUCCUGCAUUCCUUCCUUUCUUCCUUCCUCCAUUCCUCCCUUUAUUUCUUCCUUACUUAAUUCCUCCCUUCCUCUAUUCCUUCCUUCAAUCCUUCCUCUAUUCCCUUAUUCUUCCCUCUCUUCUUUCCAUCCUUCCAUCCUCCACUCUUUCCUUUAUUCCUCCCUUCCUCUAUUCCUCCUAUUCUCCCUUUUAUUCUUCCCUCCCUUCUUUUUCAUCCUCUAUUCCUUCCUUUAUUCUCUCCUUCCUUCCAUUUCUUCCUUUAUUCUUUCCUUCCUAUAGUCUUCCCUCCUUUUCUUCUUUCCAUCCUUCCUUCCUCACCAAAGGUUCCCAAACGCCAUCAAAGGGCACUUUCUUUUCCCCUUCAGUAGGGUUAGGAAAGGCUCCCUGUUCCUAUUUUUUUAUCCCAAAUAAUUCUUUUCGCCCCUUUCUUCCACACCUCAGGGAUUCCUUCUCAUCCAUCACCUACUUGACACCUGUUUUCCCUUUGCAUUUCCCCAUUUGCUCAUUUCCUCUCCUACACCAACAGAGCCCUUUUAUGUAUGUAUACUUUUUCCUCUUGAGCCUGUAACGGUUGCAAAUCAGUGGCUCUUUUUUUUUUAAAGCCUUUCUUCGCCCAAGUUCUACUUACCUACAUUGCAGGUAUUAAUUCCACCUCAGUUCUCUCCCUGAUGUGUGCAAUCAGGCUUGUAAAGGACCGGCGGAGGUGUUUUGUGUUUCCAUCCAAAUCUUGCCACCAGUAUGUUUUUAUUGCUUUCCAGUCAGCCAUUAUAUUUUUAAAAUCCGUUCUGCAUGUGCUGGUCCAUGCGCACACGAUCUCCCCUGUCCAAACCAUUACAGUUGUCCCAGCUUUUAAAAGAAGAUUUUAAAGUUUUCCUGCCCACAUGCAGCUGUAACCCUAAUUUUACUUAUCCACUUAAUAGUACGCCCUAUAAAUCUUCAGAGUAUUAAUUCCAGUCAAUUCCUAUAUUAUACUGUGACCUCUUUAUCUAUCUUUACAGGGGAAAACUACACAGCAGGGGAGUGUUUGUUAUUCUCCAAACUGAGAAAGGUUUUGUUGAGUCCCCCUUUCCCCCCAGAAAUCAGCCCAUUAAAGCAUCUUUCCUCCAAUUCCAACAGAGGUUGUGUUCACUUUCCUUUCUAUAGAGACAGCGACCAUUGUUUCCCCGUCCCCAUCCUUUUUUCUUCAUGGUACAUACAGGAACCUUCAUUGGUCCAUCAAGAGCCUGUUCUCCUUGCAUUUUUGCUGGAGGGGGACAGGCCUGUAAAUUUGGGGAGCCUUUUCUUUCCAGGUGAAGGGAGCUAGUGAAGGACUGGAGGGAGGGGUGUGUCUCACCCUUAAAUAAUGCCUCUAAAGGGCACAUGAGAAGAGAAGAAGGAGCUGCCCCACUAGCAUCCAUUCAUCUUACUGAACUAGCCAUGGAGUGUGUGCAGGUUUCUCCCAUGCAGCAGCAACAAGGAAAAACUGCUGAUGGGGACCGGCUCUUGCUGUUACUGCCAUCUCCUGCAGUGCAAAAGGAAGAGGAAGUCAUGUUGCAGGGUUCAGACCCCUGGGCUGGCUCCCAAACAGACAGCAGUCAAGCUGGUGUGCAGCUCCAAGAAGCUCCAGAUCGUUCGGAACACCCUGACAAUGCCGAAAGUCUUCACUCCCAGCACAGUCCUACCAUUCUGAGAAGUUCUUCUGGCAGAGAGAUGGUGGGCCAGUGCACUGCAUGUUUGUCAAAGGAGGAUUUGAAAAAGACUGUAAGUUGUGAUGGAGCAGAGGAGCAGUUGCAACCAUUGGGGAAAGAGACUCUGAGCCACCCACUGCAGGAAGAGUCACCGCUGAGCCAGGGGUCUUGUAGUAACCCUCCUUUGGCGGCAGAGUCCAUUAUGGAUGUCCGAGAAUGCCUUAAGGACAGUGAAAAAUCCUCUCAGCUGAACAACCAUUUGCAGGAAAAAUUGUUUUCCCCUUCUCAGAACUGUUGUUUAGGCAUAGAAGGAACAAAUGGAGGCAAUCGAGAAGAUGACCAAAACAGCCAAGGUUCUCCACCGACUGAAGAUGAGAAACUCAAGCCUGGGGCAAAGCAUGUCACAUUUCCUUCUGACGAGGACAUCGUCUCUGGUGCUGUGGAGCCCAAAGAUCCAUGGCGGCAUGCUCAAAAUGUGACUGUGGAAGAAAUUCUCACGGCUUACAAGCAGGCUUGUCAGAAAUUAAACUGCAAGCAGAUACCCAAACUCCUGAAGCAGAUCCAGGAAUUUAAAGACCUGACGCCCAGGAUAGACUGCCUGGAUCUGAAAGGGGAGAAGUUGGAUUACAAGGCCUGCGAGGCUCUGGAAGAGAUAUUUAAGCGCCUCCAGUUCAAAAUAGUAGAUUUGGAGCAAACAAACCUAGAUGAAGACGGUGCCUCAGCACUGUUUGAUAUGAUUGAAUACUAUGAGUCAGCCACACACCUCAACAUUUCCUUUAACAAACACAUUGGCACUCGAGGUUGGCAAGCUGCUGCGCACAUGAUGAGGAAGACAAACUGUCUCCAGUACUUGGAUGCCCGCAAUACGCCACUGCUGGAUCACUCUGCACCGUUUGUGGCUCGUGCAUUGCGCAUCAGCAACAGCCUAACUGUCCUGCACCUGGAGAAUGCAAGCCUGUCAGGGCGCCCCCUCAUGUUGCUAGCGACAGCUCUGAAAAUGAACAUGAACUUGCGUGAGCUUUACCUUGCUGACAAUAAGCUGAACAGUCUUCAGGACUCUGCACAGCUUGGCAACCUCUUGAAAUUCAACUGUUACAUUCAGAUCCUGGACCUGAGGAACAACCACAUUCUGGACUCAGGAUUGGCGUACAUCUGCGAGGGGCUGAAAGAGCAGCGGAAAGGCCUUGUCACGCUGGUGCUGUGGAACAACCAGCUGACUCACACUGGCAUGGCCUACAUGGGAAUGACACUGCCUCAUACCCAGAGCCUUGAGACCCUCAACCUGGGGCACAACCCCAUUGGCAAUGAAGGCGUCCGCAACUUGAAGAACGGGCUCAUCGGCAACCGCUCAGUGCUCAGGUUGGGUCUGGCUUCAACGAAGCUGACCUGUGAGGGAGCCGUGGCGGUAGCAGAAUUCAUUGCGGAGAGCCCACGCUUGCUUCGGCUGGACCUGCGGGAGAAUGAGAUCAAGACAGGGGGACUCAUGGCCUUGUCUUUGGCCCUAAAGGUCAACCACUCCUUGCUCCGGCUGGACCUUGACAGGGAGCCCAAGAAGGAAUCGGUGAAGAGCUUUAUUGAGACACAGAAAGCCCUCCUAACAGAGAUCCAAAAUGGCUGCAAGCGCAACUUUGUUCUAGCCAAAGAGAAGGAAGAGAAGGAGCAAAAACUACAGCAGUCAGCCUCCAUGCCCGAAAUCACGGUGACAGCGCCCUUGGAAGAGAGCCCAGUGGAAGAUGAGGGGCAGAAUGGCAACCUAGCAUCCACCCCAGAAGAAGGGGAGAACGUUGGGGAAACAUUAACAUCCCAAGAGAAUGGGGCAGCAGAUGAGAAAGUCACUGGAAAUAACGACAAGUCAUCUGAUUCAGAUUCAGACACUGAAGAAGAGGAGGAGGACAGACUAGAGAUGAAGGAUCUUUUUCGGUCUCAGAAGCACAGCAGUCUAAAUUAUGUUGAUGAGUCGCCCAAGCUACCUUCACUCGAAAAGACUAAGGAAGCCCUUAGCUCUGAAAACACAGUUACCCCCUUGAAUGUUCCAGGGGAUAUCAAAUGUGAAUCUAGGGGGGUAAUUGGAAAUGUGCCUCCAUCGCCAGCCACUCCUCCUGGCAAUGAGAGGCGGAUAGCGGUCUCUAGUCCUGGGCGAGGCCAUAAAAUCUUUGUUGUGACACGUGUAGAGAGCCUGCCUGAGAAAAAAGACGAGACCAACACACGGCCAGAGAACUCUGUCACUCUCCAGGGAGUUCCCCCAAAGCAGAAUAACCCCCCAGCCCAAUCUCAGCCAACUAAAACUGAAGACUCGGGUGGGCAAAAGAGUGGGCCUGUGUCUGAGUUGAGGGCCAACUCUGAAACAUCUCCUUCUACCCCAAGUUCUGAUUCAGGGUUGGAAAAGAUGGACUCUGGGCCAUGUGAGAGGACGUCUCAUCACACUCUGUUGCCCAAUGGACUAAAAACAGAGUUUCUCCAUGCACUACCAGACACGUCCUUAGGGCGUGAGGGGAAAAUUGCCAGUUGUGCUAUAGAGCAUGAGCUGAACUGUUCCAAGAACGAGAAGGAGCUGGAGGAAUUACUUUUGGAAGCGAGUCUAGAAAUGGGACAGGAACCAAUGUGACACUUUAGUUCUGGGCCCUUCUGUGUCAAAUAGGUUCGGUUUGGGAAGUGACUGUCUAGCUUUAUUCCCUCCCUGCACCAUGUGACUGAGGAUAAAAAAAAACUGACUCUACAACACAGAGGCAAUACAACCCAUUUUCCAAACUUCAUUCUCUCCUUCACCUUCACAUUCUUGAUGUCUUCCCACUGAGAAGAGAGGCUUCACAGCCUGGCUGAUCAGGAUUCAAAAGGAUUGAGAAGAAUGGCCCUACAGACUCUUGAUACUUCACCUGCUUUGGGUUUCUCUUUCCAAAAUGCAAGCUGGAGCACUUUUGGCAUGUUUUGUAUUACUGGGAUGACUCUUCCAAAGGUACCCACAAGGAGACUUCCAGACUUUGGUUUGACAGGCUGGAAUCCUCUUUACAGUUUAAAAGGAGAGAGUGUUAUUUUUUCUUAAAAAAAACACAGAACAGAACCCCAAGAUGCGGAUUGGGCCUGUGUUGUUGCUGUCUCUGCAUUAGACGUGCAACAGUUUCCCACAAACACUAAGAGAGAAGGGCAACUUUCCUGGAUCAAGGCGAUAAAGCAUUACUGCGUUCACAGCCCACCUCGUGGAGAGAGGUCUCUCAACCAGGCAAAGACUACUGAGGCUGCCGGCCCACAGCACAGACUACUAUUUAUUUUCAUUUUCCUUCCCUCCCCCAAGUUUCCCUUCUUCUUAGUGGCACCUCCUUGUUUGUUCGUCUUUGAUUUGGUGUCUAUUUAUAACAGAAUGGGAACAGUUUUACCUUUGAACCAGCAAUCCUUUCAGACUGACGAGGCCUUCCUCCAGGUUUUUGGAGACCCACUCGCCUCUUUCCAUGGGAAAAAAACUAUUUCUACUUUGCAAAAAAGGAAUAAUAACAUUAACGGGAGGGAAACUGUGGGCAUAAUGGGGGAAUGAUGAUGGGAUGUGGAGAGGGCAGCAGCAGGAGUGAGGCAUGAGUAGGGAAGCUGCCUUCUGCAUUGACGGGUGACUUUUGCCUAUGAGUGGGCAAGCUGCUGUUGUUUGAGCAGCUUUGGCUUCUCUUCAUCAGUAGGGGAAAACAAGGCAAGCUUCUUGUACUUCCAAGGAAAAGCUCUAUCUCACCCCCUGCAAAGCCAUACCAUGACAAACUUUUGGACAAUGGGGGAGAAAGUACAUGUGGAAAAUUUUGCAAAUACAGUAAAACACGGUAAAGCUGUCGUAGCAGGAGAGGCCAAGGUUGUUUGGGUCCUCAUCCCUUCCCUUUGCCAUAAAACUGACGUCAGAAACUUGAGGAUGCUGCUGGUCUGAGAGUCUCCCCACUGUUCCUGAUCCGCACACCAUGUUGCACAAUGUCUGUAGCAACGGUGAGUGAGAAUGUAGCUUCAGCGACAGGCAGCCAUCUCUCCCUUCACUUGGCCACAAAUUACAACUGUCCUGAAACCAGGCUGAAAUCUUUUGCUACCAAAUCUGGUUUUCCUUUUGGGAAUCUGGGGCAGGGAUUAGGAUGGGAGGGAAAGGAGCAUUGUGCCCCCAGUUUAAAGCAUUCCCCCAUUUUCCUUAUGGGGAGAGGCUCCAAGAUUAGUGACUGCAAAGUAGGAUUCCGUCAGCAGUGCAUGGAAGAUGGAGGAUGCAGCUUCUGCCAAAAAGUGUAUGCAGCAUACUGGGGUGGGGUGGAUCCUUUUUAAUUUCUCAGGGAAGGGCUUUUUGCAGCAGCCCCACUUCCCUGGGCUGUUGUGCUCUUGCCCUCAAGAGAUAAGCCAAAAUACCAAGGACUGUGAGCAGAGCUGAUGGAGCUUGCCUGCGGGUUCUCUCCUUUCCCUCUUCCAGUUCUGCAAUGCAUUUGGGCUCAAUAAGAGGGUUUUACAGAAAGCUUGGAAAGUCUAGGUUCAAAUGGCCUCUCAGGUAGCAGCAGCAGAGGCUAAAAUAUUUUCCCCCAAAACGUGUGGGAGGAAAGUUUUCUCACCAGGGAAUGACUAAGGGCGGAAGAGUGAGAUCUGUGUUAGCUAAAGGGGUUUAAAAGAAAGGAUUCUAAACAAAGGACCAGAAACACAGGUGUUCCUUGAGCUCUUGAAAUCCCCCCCUCAUCUUUGUGUUUCCUCCCUUUUUUCUCCUCCCACCACAAUACCCCAAUCUGUAGUCUGCUAUUGACUACAUUGCUGCUCUACAUAAAGCAAAAUUUCAGCGGGAGGUUUAUGGUACUAAUCCCGCCAUUGAAGCAAAAAUGAGGAAUCUCUUUUUUCCCCUCCAUGGAUAGAGGGAAAGGCCUCUCCUUUCCCCCCACAAAAAGUAGGGGGAGUCAGCUGUUGGGUAGAUGUAGAAUUUCAGAGCUUUUUACUUUAUUAAUUUUUUCUUAAGUGCAAUAAAAUCUAUCAGGGAGCUGGAGAGGGCACUUUUCGCUGCAAGGAGUUUUCAGGCUGGAGAGGCAGGAACACAACUGUGUGCCCUUCGUCUUGCUUAUCAAUGAUUCUCUCUUUCACACACAAAAACACACACAUAACACAACCAAUUGAGAUAUAUACACACAUACCGAUACAGAGAGUUUCUGCUGCGUGAACACUACAUUUACAGAAAAGAAAAGAUGGCGCCAGCUUUUCUUUUUUGAGCUAACGUUUGUCAUUCCUUUCUGUUGUGUGUGGAGUUUUAUUUUUGUUGAGAAACUGUCUUCUAUUAAAUGAAAAGCUGCAUUCA